AGGCGCUAUAUAGUAGCCCCGAUUGAUAGGAGAGUUCGAUAAUUACUUGAGAACCUUAAAACGACAAUGGAUAAUCCACCGGAACGGCAGUACUCGCGAGAAUUCCGAGGGAGAAACAUGAGCCCAGCCUAACCAAUGAAGUAAAGCGUGGAAUAUUGUGAGGUGGUACAAAGUGCUCCUUAAUUUGAAUAUAGAGAAACUUGUACUUUUCACUUCCUUUUAGUGCGGCUCUUCACCGCGGACAACUGCACCGAUGGGUACUUCCAAUUGGAAUAAGUUCCUGCUCCUGUUCUGGAAAAACUGGAUCAUACAGAAGCGGCACUAUGUGCAAACCAUUUUUGAAAUACUCAUUCCGGCGUUGGCGUGCGCUGUUCUAAUUCUCAUCCGCGGGCUGGUGGAUCCGGAAGUGUACCGAGAAUCUACCGUAUGGAACGCUCUUCCAACCGACACCAUAGAACAUAUACUACCCGAAGUUAACCCUCUGAUAGACCCACCGAUAAGCUUCGUUUUGGCAUAUUCUCCUGAAUGUCCACUAGUUACCAGGAUAGUUUCCAACGCAGCACAGCAAAUACGGGAGCCACUGGACAGCGAACCCUUCCAGAAUGCACUUCAAAUGGAAAACUUCCUUCGCAACAACAACACUCUGGUGGGAAUUGAAUUCCCGGACAGCUAUCAAACACUCAGCGAGCUUCCCGAAAAAGUGUCCUACUCACUGCGCUUCCCGGCUGAAAUGCGAACCUUUCAGGACCAGUUCUCAGCAUUCUGGGCCAAUUGGUACACGGAGCUCAUGUUUCCGCAGUUCCAGAUAGCCGGAGCGAAAGAUCGCGAAAGAGAUGAUGGAGGAUAUCCGGCGAAUUAUUUCAACGAAUCGUUCAUUGCCGUUCAGAGUGCAGUGUAUCGAGCGAUUAUCCUGGAACGCGAUCCAUCGUUUGAAUUCGAAGCAGUUUUAUUGCGGAGAUUCCCAUAUCCACCGUAUUAUCAGGAUGCCCUGCUAGCCGGAUUGGAAAAUUUGCUGCCGCUGAUAGUUGUGAUCGCAUUUUUCUACACGGCCAUCAACACUGUGAAGUAUAUUACAGUGGAAAAGGAACGACAACUCAAGGAAACAAUGAAGAUCAUGGGAUUGUCCAGUUGGCUGCAUUGGAGCGCAUGGUUCGUCAAAUGUAUCCUGCUGCUGAUGGUGUCGAUUUCUUUGAUUACUGCGUUACUUUGCGCAAAUUUGACAACCAACAGCGAGCUGGCCGUGUUCGAGUAUGCCGACUGGAGUGCUGUUUGGAUUUAUCUGUUUGUGUUUAGCGUCACGUCCAUUUGCUAUUGCUUCAUGAUGAGUACCAUAUUUACGAAGGCCAACAUCGCCGCAGGAGUAUCGGGACUCAUCUGGUUCAUCAUGAUUGUGCCUUACAACAUUGUAUUUGCUAGCUAUGAUACCAUCGCUCUUCCCGUCAAGUUAGCACUAUGUCUGUUCUCGAACUCGGCCAUGUCGUUUGGGUUUAUGCUGAUGAUGAGGCAUGAAGGUACUUCCAGUGGGCUACAGUGGUCAAACUUAUUUGAGCCGGUUACCAUGGACGAUGACCUGACAGUUGGCUAUACUAUGAUUAUGCUACUGGUUGAUGCUUUGCUGUAUCUACUAGUUGCGCUGUAUAUUGAAAAGGUAUUUCCUGGAGAGUUUGGUGUUGGGCAACCGUGGUAUUUUCUUUUCACGAAAAACUUCUGGGCAGGAAAUGCGAAAAUUUCGUCAAAAAUUAGCCCUGCCUACGUCGCAGACAACGAUGCGUUGGAACCGGAGCCUUUGGACAAAAGAGCUGGAAUACAAAUACGGAAUUUACGGAAAGAAUACGAUAAGAAUAAAAUAGCUGUGAGUGGACUGAGCCUCAAUAUGUUUGAGGAUCAAAUUACUGUUCUAUUGGGGCACAACGGAGCUGGUAAAACCACCACAAUGUCCAUGUUGACGGGAAUGUUCGCUCCUACCUCCGGGACAGCCAUUAUUGAUGGGUUCGAUAUUAGAACAGAUCUGGAUUCUGUCCGAGGAUCGCUUGGAUUAUGUCCACAGCAUAACGUUCUCUUCGACGAGCUAACCGUUUCGGAGCAUAUUGAGUUCUUUGCACGACUGAAAGGCGUCCCGAAAGAAAAGAUAAAAUCAGAGAUAGAUCACUACGUUAAGAUCCUUGAACUUGAUGACAAAAUAAACGCCCAGUCGCGUACGCUCUCUGGCGGAAUGAAGCGAAAGGUAUCCGUUGGAAUCGCUCUAUGUGGUGGGUCCAAGGUAGUGCUUUGCGAUGAACCCACUUCCGGUAUGGACCCGUCCGCUCGACGAGCUCUGUGGGAUUUGCUCAUAGAAGAGAAGAAAGGUCGCACCAUCUUGCUUUCCACGCACUUCAUGGAUGAAGCGGAUAUUCUUGGUGAUCGAAUCGCAAUUAUGGCAGAAGGCGAACUGAAAGCAGUGGGGUCUUCAUUUUUCCUGAAGAAACGGUUUGGAGUCGGAUAUAGGCUGAUUUGUGUUAAAGAUGAAGGGUGUAAUUUCGAAGGAUUGCAGAACUUACUGAAGAGAUACAUUCCAGAUAUUGAAUGUGAUACAGAUAUCGGAACUGAGUUGUCGUUUGUGCUCAAUGAAAAUUAUACCUCGAUAUUCCAACAUAUGCUGCGAGACCUCGAGGAUAAUGCACAUAGAUUAGGUGUUAAAAACUAUGGUAUAUCACUAACAACGAUGGAGGAAGUUUUCUUGAAAGUGGGUAGCGAUUCAUAUGCCUUGGAUAAGAAACUAUCGUCAAAUGAACGAUAUGAAACUGCUCCUGCAUCAAACAUGGCUUCAACAGUGAAAUUACACGAGGAAAACGAAUCCCUCCUGGGUGGAUCUAAGCUCGUGAUCAACCAAAUUCGUUCAAUGUUUCUGAAGAAAAUGAUCUCCACAAAACGAAGUUGGGUGCAACAGCUAGUGCAGGCACUGAUUCCCAUUUAUUUUAUGGUUGUCACCGUUGUGAUAGUACGGUCGUUCCCAGGAUUAAGCAACUUGCCUCCUUUGUCAAUUUCCGUAUACAAUUAUUCAUCGACCACAACUUUAUUAGAACUCAGAACACCGAAUGACGAUAUCUUUAGAGGGUAUCAAACGCUGUUUCAAGGUUAUCCAUCAUCUCAUCAUUUGCAAACAAUCAACAAAGAUAUGAUAGACCACAUACUGAGUUUAUCCGAUGCCAAUAUUGGGCUAGUAAAUCGGAAGUAUAUGACUGCUGCCACUUUGGGAGAUUCCAAUCACACAGUGUGGUUCAACCCUCAAGGAUAUCACACGGCUCCUCUCGGAAUUGAUUUUCUUUACAACGCGUUGCUGAAAACCGUAUGCCCUAGCUGUGAGAUCAGGACGGUGAACAAACCUCUUCCGUAUCGGCCUAAUACAAGGUUCACCCAACUGCAAGCUGGUAAUAAUCUCGGAUUUCAGCUAUCCUUUAACACGGGAUUCGCCAUGUCAUUCAUCGCCGCCCUAUACAUCAUGUUCUACAUCAAGGAACGUACUUCGCGGGCUAAGCUGCUGCAGUUCGUGAGCGGUGUAAACGUGUUCACAUUCUGGAUUGUGUCCUUCGUUUGGGACUACUUCACGUUCAUAAUCACCGCACUAAUUUACCUCGCUACGCUGGCUGCUUUCCAGGAGGAAGGCUGGUCUUCCGGAGAAGAACUCGGCCGCGUAUUUCUGAUUGUUUGCGUGUUUGGAUUCGCUUUCCUACCAAUAACCUAUCUGUUCUCGUUCUGGUUCGAGAUACCCUCAACCGGAUUUGUGAAAAUGAUGCUAAUCAAUAUAUUCAGCGGAUCGAUAUUCUUCACCGCAGUGUUCUUGCUCAAGUUUGAAACAUUCAAUCUGGAAGAUGUGGCGAACGUCUUGGAAUGGAUUUUCAUGGUAUUCCCGCUAUUCUCACUGAGUCAAAGCCUGAGUAAUAUAAACGUACUGGUCACAACUAAAUCAGUGUGCAAUCAGCAAUGUGCAGCGAUUCCAUUCUGUACCGAGAGUUUUAUUUGCACCCAGUUUCCAUCCUGUUGCGACACGGAGAUAUUUACAUGGAAUACGAAGGGCGUCAAUAGACAACUUCUCUACAUGUCAGCAGUUGGAUUGAUUGGCUUCAUCGUGCUCAUUGCAAUCGAGCUUCGCGUGUUUCAAAGAGUUUGGAACAGAAGAUAUCAAAGGGAUCGUAGAACACUCCCUGAAGUUGAAAAUGCAGACAUGGAUAAUGAUGUUUACAGUGAAAAGCAACGUGUAUCCAGAAUGUCAAAAAGGGAAAUACAGGACACUAACCUAGUCGUGCAAGAUCUAACCAAAUAUUAUCAACGCUUCUUAGCUGUCAACCAACUAAGCGUGUCAGUAGAUACUUCUGAAUGUUUCGGACUUCUUGGAGUCAAUGGUGCUGGAAAGACAUCUACGUUCAAGAUGUUGACCGGUGAUGAAAACAUAUCCUCCGGCCAAGCAUGGGUUAAAGGAAUCAAUUUGAAAAGUAACAUGAACGAAGUUCACAAGCACAUCGGAUACUGUCCUCAAUUUGAUGCCGUUUUGGAGGACUUGACAGGUCGCGAAACCUUAAGGAUAUUUGCAUUAAUUCGAGGAAUUUCAGAUCAAGACAUAAAAACCGCUUCUGAAAAAUUGGCAGUGGAGUUGAACUUCAUGCAACACAUUGACAAGCGGAUCAAAGAAUAUAGUGGUGGAAACAAGCGAAAGUUAAGCACUGCUCUGGCAUUACUCGCAAACCCGACCGUCGUUUAUCUGGACGAACCUACAACCGGUAUGGAUCCGGGAGCGAAGCGUCAGUUGUGGAAUGUCAUACUGAAUGUGAAAAAGUCGGGAAAAUCAAUAGUGCUAACAUCUCACAGUAUGGAAGAAUGCGAGGCACUGUGCACUCGUCUGGCGAUAAUGGUGAACGGUGAGUUCAAAUGCAUCGGAUCUACGCAGCAUUUGAAAAACAAAUUCUCGAAAGGAUACUUCCUGACCGUUAAAAUAAGAAAGAAUCCAAUGGAGAUGGCUAAUGCACAGGGUGGACAAACCGUGAAAACAUACGUGAUGGAAAACUUUGAGGGAGCAAUGCUAAGGGAAGAGCACCAGGAUUCUCUAACAUUCCAUAUUGCCCAGUCCAGCAUGAAGUGGUCGACAAUGUUUGGACUAAUGGAAACUGCCAAGCAAACGUUGGAAAUCGAAGACUACGCACUAGGUCAAACCUCGCUGGAGCAAGUGUUCCUGUUUUUCACAAAGUACCAAAGAUUAACGGACGACAGCUAGGAUCCACCCGCUUCUAACAGACCAAGCCAAAAUAAAUAAUAAGUUUAAAUGAUUCAUUCAUUUCAUUCAUAUAUCCAAACUCACAUGUGGUUGUACAUUAUAUCGACACGUUAAUCCUCGUGGUGUAUUGUAAAUAAACGCCGUAUCUACGUCACGUAUCAAUCUCCACUCA